UCGAGCAAUAAUGUACGCGUUCCUUAGACGACAACUGGAAGAAAAAUGCAUAUCCCUUCAAGAACUCGAAACGACACCGGCCGAACCCGCUACAAGUAUGAAUAUUAGUCCAAAAUUUUUGAAAGUUUUACAAAUGUCGUUUGAAGUAAAGUACAUGGAUGAAGACAUUACCCUUGCUGAGAAGAGAGACAAAAUCAAAACGAUAGAGGAGAGAAUGAGUGUGUUACAUCAUAAUGUAAUCGACGUUUCAACGGAUCCAAAAUUUGAUGAUAUUGUUGCUUUAGCGACAGCUUAUUACAACGUUGGCUUGGAAUAUGUUAUUUCUACGGAUACUGACGAUUUAUCUGUUGCUGUACUGUGUUUUUCAAGAUGUGUGGACAUUUUGAAAGAAAAAAUGUCGGACCGUAAAGCUAUAUUGACAUCUAUAGGCGCGCUUAACGAAUUGAAUUCAGUUUAUGAGAAAAUGAACAAAAAGACUGAUAGCGAAUUGAAUACAGCAUUGAAAUUAUAUAUGACAUACACACAGGAGGAGAAUUAUCGCGAUCCCAUCCACAUAGCAAGUCUUGUUGGUAUUGAAGAAGAAGAAUCGAAUCCUAAGAUUAUCUUGAACACUCUACAUCAUACAACUUUACAGAACUUAAGACUUCAAUAUCUUAUAAGGCCGAAAGAUAAGCAUCUAUUUGUAAUAUACAUGAAUAAGAUAUUAAACACCCGAUUGACAGACAUAGUAUCUAACGAUACAAAAUUUGAUGAAAAGUGUCUUAAUAUGGCUUUAACCUUAUUUGAGCUUUCUAAAUACUUUCUAGCAAACGAUCGUUUCACUGAAGCUAAAAGUCACAUUGCGAUCGGAGAUUAUGUAAUAUUCAGAGUUGCUGGAGAGAUAUUGAAAAUGGAAGAGAAAGAUUUUUUUUACUUGCAUAAAAGUUUGAAUUAUACCAUUGCCGUUAAUGCUAAAUCUUGGGGUUCUUAUGGAGUUUCUCUUUUACGUUUCUGGAUGAAAAAAUUCUCACAGAAUAAAGGAAAUAAAUCUUCUGAGAUACAAGAUCUUAUGUCAAAAUUAGAAAUCAAAUCUGAGAAGUCAAAUUUAAUAUUUUCUGAUUUGUUAGAAAAAGAAUUGGAAGGUAUAAUUAUUCAGUUUACAGAAACAUGUAUAUUAAAUUUGGCUGAUGCUAAAUCGAUUUUUAUAAAAACUUUGAGACAAUUUGAAAAAGCGAAAGAGGAAUAUAAGGAAUAUUUUGCUUUAGACAAUGGCACUGUAACUUAUGCAAAGAUAACACUUGGAAUUUCGGAUACAUAUAAAUAUUUAGCAGGUUUUGAAGAACAAAGAGAUAAUCAAAUAAAACUACAUAAAGGGCGAGUAAAAUUAUUAGAGGACGCUUGUAAGAAAUUUCCUACAAUAAUUGAGGAUGAUACAGAUUUACAAAUUUACAAACGGAUUUGGUACGAAGUGGUGACUUCAUGUUCCACGGUUAUGGAUUUAAUGGUCGAGGAAACAUAUUACGACGAAUCAUUUGAAGAAGUGUCAACGAAAGCUGAUCAAUAUAUGAAAAUGCUCGCAGAAAAUAGUGGUUUUUAUUUAAAUGCGGUUUAAACUUUUUUAAUUUUUAAUUCUAAGAUUUGUACGUUUCUCAUUAUUUGUAACUUUA